AUGGAUGUCUCAAAAGCUUUCCUCCAUGGUGAAUUGGAAGAAGAAAUAUGCAUGAGUCUACCUCAAGGAUACACACCGCCACCAAAUACAGUUCUACCUGCUAAUCUGGUAUGUCAUUUACUCAAAUCACUAUAUGCUUUGAAACAGGCAUCUCGUCAAUGGUACAAGCGUCUCUCUUCCGUUUUCCUAGGAGCGAACUAUGUUCAAUCUCCUGCUGAUAACACUUUCUUUGUCAAUUUCUCUAUGCUUCCUACCGGCGAGUGUUCCAUUGUUGUCGUGCUUGUUUAUGUCGAUGACAUUAUGAUAGCAAGUAAUGAUGCAGCUGCAGUUGAAGUUUUAAAAUCACUUUUGAAGUCUGAGUUCAAGAUCAAAGAUCUUGGUCCAGCUCGCUUUUUCCUCGGCUUGGAAAUAUCAAGAACAUCAAACGGGAUCUCAGUUUUUCAAUGCAAAUAUGCUCAGAAUCUUCUUGAGGAUGCAUGUCUCCUUGGUUGUAAACCAAGUUCAGUCCCAAUGGAUCCAAACUUACAUCUUACCAAGGAUAUGGGAACAUUUUUAUCUUCUCCUAUGUCUUAUAGAGAGCUUAUUGGACGCUUACUCUAUCUAACUAUAAAACGCCCUGAUAUAACGUUUGUAGUGCAUCAAUUGAGUCAGUUUAUCUCGGCUCCGACUGAUACACUUCUUCAAGCAGCACACAAAGUUCUUCGUUAUCUCAAGACAAAUCCAGGACAAUAUUGGGCAACUUGUAAGGAGACAAGACGUUCAAUAACAGGUUAUUGCAUCUAUCUUGGUUCUUCAUUGAUUUGUUGGAAAUCUAGGAAACAAGCUGUUGCAAGUCGAAGCAGUACAGAAUCAGAGUAUCGUAGUAUGGCACAGACUACUUGUGAGAUCAUUUGGCUUCAGCAGUUGCUCAAAGACUUACACAUUAAGGAGGUUGCACCUGCCAAAUUGUUCUGUGAUAAUAAGUCAGCUCUACAUAUUGCAAUGAAUCUUGUGUUUCAUGAGCGAACGAAGCAUAUAGAGAUCGACUGCCAUACAGUUUGUGAUCAACUCAAAGCAGAUACUCUUAAAGCUCUACAUGUUCUCACUUAA